AUGUCUAUAUUAUCUAAAUAUAUUAUUAAUUUAGAAGAAUUUGAUGAACUAUUAGAAUAUGAUUCUUUUGUAACAGAUACUGAAGAAAUAAAUCAAGAUGAUGAAGAAUCUGAAAUAGCUAAGUUUAUCAGAGACAAUUUAAUUAAAGAUAUUAAAUACUCUUUAGUUCCAAUUAAAUAUCUAACAACUUCAGAUGAAGGAAUUGCAUAA